AUGGUGUUACGCAGCAAGGAGCUUGACAAGCACAUCAAAGAAGCCGAAGAAGCUGGACGUCAGGUGGAUAGCUACAGUCCUGGUCAGACUCUGAAGCAUUUUGUGCGGGACUGGGCAGAACAGGGCGCGAAAGAGCGUGCUGACGCUUUCCCUUGCGUUCUCAGCACGCUCUCAGAUCUCAAAGGCGACGUUUCGAAGGGCGCCUCUUUGAAAGUGCUACUCCCGGGGUCCGGGCUUGGUCGGCUUGGCCACGAAGUUUCCAGUCUCGGAGAUUUCGAAGUAACUGUCAACGAGUGGUCGAUGUUCAUGAACGUGGCGUACAGAUUCCUGGAAACUCGUACAACGACUCGGUCCUUCGCUCUACAUCCGUUUAUCGAUGGAAUGUCACACCAUGCUACGACGAGCGACAUGCUGCGUAAAGUCACGGUGCCCGAUAGAUCUCCAGAUCCUUCGGUUUUGCUGGUCGAAGGCGAUUUCAAUACUGCCUUCGCCGACCAAGGUGGGCAGUAUGACAUUGUGGUCACACAUUUCUUCAUCGACACAGCCCGCAAUCUCAUGUCAUACUUUGACACGAUCAAAUUUCUGCUCAAGCCCGGCGGCAAAUGGCUGAAUUUUGGGCCGCUACUCUACGGUACUGGACCAUUCGUUCAAUUGAGCUUGGACGAGAUCAUCGCGGUUGUGGAAGAGAUGGGAUUCGAAUUCGAGGAUAUUGGCAGCGAGUGCGGAUCUCUUACGUUUGAGGACAAGAAAGUCAGAAGUACCGAGGCUGAGUAUGGCUUCAACACUAAGGCGCUGACGAAGAACGCUUAUUCGGCGCAGCUCGAGUUGAAUACUCCCUUCCCUCCAGUCGAACAACGGAUUCAGAUGGAGUCCUCCGCUUCAACUACACCUACUCCCAAAUUUACCGUCCUCUUCAAGAUCAUCCCUGGGCCAGGCAUUCGGCCACUUCAGUCAGAUGGUCAAUACUAUCCUAGACACGCCGUCCACGAGAUUCGCCUGCAAUGGCUCAAGACCAUGUUCGCACCUCAUGACCUCAUCAAGAUCUUGCCGUGCCUCAAUCCUUGGAAUGGAAAUGCCUUUCCCGAGCUGUUCAUCGCUACUUUUCGAGACUUCGAUGCGUAUCACGGUGCCCUGGGUUCCUGGAACAGUACGGAACUGGAGCCAAAUGCGUUCAUCAGGAUGGUCGUAUUCCUAAAUAUAAUUGAGGAGGAUACGAAAACCGCACAGCUUCUAGGUCCUAUCCAGGGGUCGAAGACGGUCAAGCCAUCUAGGAAUUUGCCUGCACCUCCCCUCUACCAUCCCGAGAACUUGUUCGAGGAUUGGUGGGCUGCGCUAGAUCCUGAUAAUUGGAACCAGCGCCGCCGUCGUAUCGAGCACAAGGCUCUGCUCUCUCACUGCGGCGCAUGGUUGUACUAUAGUUAUUCUGGUGAGCGAUCGUUCCGUUCAGACCCCAUUUCAUUCUCAUUUGAGACGCCUGCGAUCUUGGAAUACGAGUUCCUCAGCCGGAACUUACGGAAUAGCCGGAAGAAAGAGGCAGAGGAGCCGGUUACAACGAUCGAUUGGGACGCGACCCACCAGUGCCGCAAGCUAUCGCUACAGCUGAGCUCAUCUUUCACCAUGUACAUGGAGCAGCUCAAGAUUGAUUCGCCAUCUGCCUCAUCCGAUGAAGAAGAUGCUUUUGAGCUCGAGAAUGAGGCUCGCCCUGACACACCGAACACAUCACCACCAACCUCGCCGCGGACAGGUUCCGACCUACUCUCCGCUCAUGGUAUAAAUUUAAUGUCCUUGGAAGAUUUCGAGGAACAUCUUGGGCGCGAAACCUCUCUUGCAAUCAGACCUUCUCACUUGCAGCCUGGUAUCAAGAGCACGCAGGCCGUUGUAGCCCCUGCGACAGGUUUGAUGAAGGAACUCGAAACCUUGAUGAGCCGCCUUCCCACAUAUUCGGAAGAGGAACUCGGCAUUCCAGAUAUGCGCAAGGAAGUCGCUGCAGCGUGGGUUCUUGAGCCUGAGGAUAUCGGCGACCUGAGUAACAAGCAUUCUCGGUCCUCUAAUCCUACAUCUAUUUACGACUUUAUGAACGGCGAGUAUGCUUUGCGGCAGCGAGGAUCGCCAGUAGAGCCGUUCGGAUUACGGCCGUCCGACCACGGCCCCGUGGCUGCAUAUACAGCCGAGAGCACCACGUAUCUUUUCACUGACCAGAUGGCAGCGUGGUAUGCCGCUGCGGACGAUGUGAAGCCAGCCGGUCACAGUAGCCAAGACUUCAAUGACAACCUAGCAGCACUAAUGAAGGGAUGUGCGGCAUCAACCGCAUCUGGGGACACUGCAUCACCUCAGUCCUCAUCGAUCGAGCUUGUCGUUCAAUCCUCGAACGAGUCCCAUAUCGAUCCGGAACAAGAAUGGUAUGCUUCACUUCUGGCCGAACCGAAGGUCGAGAAGGUCUAUAGCUCAACUAUCGAGCAUGGAACCAGCAAAGAGUCUUAUCCUGGUGAUAUACUUCAGGCACGACUAAGUGCCCAGGCAUGUGACGAUGAGCUCUUGGCGGCGAACGACAUCACGGAGCAUGUCGCAGGCCCCAAGAACUCACAGCUUGUUGAAGUCGCCCACAUCACAUCUAAGGAUGGCGAAGAUGCGGAAGUGGCAGUCAUUCCGUGUUCUGACGACCAACAACUCCCCAAUGAUGGUCUCAUGGUUUCAUCCAGCUUCGAGCUUCUUCUGGACGAGCAUGUUCCUCCCGAGAGCAGCGCUUUGGAGAUGAUCGGUACGCCAACCGUAGGCACCACUUGCGACACUUCGUAUUUCUGGACGAAGCUCUUCAUGCUCCCAGUCUUCGACUACUUCUCGCUGGGUCUUCUUCCGACUCUGAUCCACCACCCGAUCUUCUCACUUCUCGUCUUCCUCAUGCUGUAUGUGGUCAGCCUGCAAUUCCAGGAACUCAAAGAAAAGAACGAGCGUCUUCGGAACUACAAUGAAGUGUUGCGCGGCAUGUGA